AUGGCCCAGCGUUGUUAUCAUCGGACUGUUAAUCCAAAGAUUCAGGUUAACAUCUCAUCUUCCCCCUGGGCAGCCUACAUCCCAGAGGACUCAACAUUGAGUUCUCCAAUUUCAAAUAACCUCCCUCCCCCUCCCCCUACCCCUUUCCCAGCCCCUCCCCUGUGUGGAACCAAUUACCCACUGAGCAUUCUGUUUGUCGUGGUAAAUGAAUUCUGUGAACGCUUCUCCUACUAUGGCAUGAAAGCGAUUCUCACCUUGUACUUUACAACCUUCCUUUGUUGGGAUGAUGAUCUAUCCACUGCCAUCUACCAUGCCUUUUCCGGAUUCGCCUAUUUCACACCGGUCCUCGGAGCUCUCAUUGCUGAUUCCUGGCUGGGAAAGUUUAAAACCAUCAUCAUCCUUUCCACUGUCUAUGUUAUUGGUCAUGUUGUGAAGUCCGUUGGUGCAGUACCAACUGUGGGUGAUCACACUGCACAUGUAGUGUUAUCAAUGCUUGGCCUCUUCUUAAUAGCCCUGGGCACUGGUGGCAUCAAACCUUGUGUUGCAGCUUUUGGCGGUGAUCAAUUUGAAGAGGAGCAAGAUUCUGAGCGGAGUAGGUUUUUCUCCUUCUUCUAUCUGUCCAUUAAUGCAGGAAGUUUACUCUCAACCAUCAUCACUCCCAUAUUGAGAGCUGAAGUUCAGUGCUUUGGUGGAGACUGCUACGCUCUUGCCUUUGGUGUUCCUGCUGCACUAAUGGUGAUUGCAUUAGUCGUGUUCAUAUCUGGAAGUGGGCUAUACAAGAAACUUCCCCCACAAGGAAACAUACUGGUGGAAGUGUGUAGCUGUAUUGGGUUUUCGAUAGCCAAUCGCUGGAGACACCGCAGCAAAAACUAUCCGAGACGGGAACAUUGGCUUGACUGGGCAAGGGAAAAAUAUCCAAAGCAUAUGAUUAAAGAUAUUAAGAUGGUUACCCGGGUUCUGUUCCUCUACCUUCCACUUCCAAUGUUCUGGGCGCUGUUUGAGCAACAGGGAUCACGAUGGACUCUGCAGGCUGCCAGAAUGAAUUCCAACUUUGGUGGGUUCGUUAUCCAACCAGAUCAGAUGCAGACUAUUAACGCCCUUUUGAUUGUUAUUUUUAUUCCAAUCUUUGAUAUGGGCAUUUACCCUCUCGUUAGGAAAUGUAAAAUCAACUUCACGCCCCUCAGACGGAUGACGGUCGGGAUUGUCUUUGCAGCUCUGGCGUUUGUGGCAGCGGCCAUUGUGGAGAUCGGAGUUCAGAAAACUGUGAUGCCUGAACUUGCAGCCAAAGAAAGUUACAUUCAGUUCCUAAACCUGGCAGAUGAAAAUAUCAGCGUCACAGUCCAAGGACAAGAUGACUUUCAAGUCACCAUGGCUCCCUUUCAGGAUCCGGACAAUUACACCAAGUUACAGCUGGAUGCUCCAAAUCAAGUUUUCAGUUUUAAUAUUACGUAUAAAAACAACACCAAGAUGUGCUAUCAAAACAUCAGUGAGAGGAGUGCAUACAGCAUACUAAUGUACACAGAAGUCAAUACACCCUAUUGCACACUGCUGGAAGAUCAAACAUCAAAGCCACAGAAAGGAAAGGCUGCAGUGAGAAUCGUAAAUGCCUUCACUGAAGAUUUAAACGUGACCAUGGGGGGUGUGGAUUUUGGCACAGUCGACACGAACUUCGGCAGCUCAUUGUACAAGACCGUGGAUAGAGGAUACUACAAACUAGAGUGCCAAAAUGCAACAGCAAAGCAGGUCAUGGAUGUGGGAUUGGUCGACUUUGGAGCAGUUUACACACUCAUUCUGGCUAAAAAGGUGAGUCCUAAUGACAGCAGCUUGAAGAUUUGGAAGACUGAAGACGUCAAAGCAAACGUCAUGCAUAUCGCGUGGCAAAUUCCUCAAUACGUCCUGAUGUCCGCUGGAGAGAUUAUGUUCUCCAUCACUGGCGUGGAGUUCUCUUACUCACAGGCUCCUUUGAACAUGAAAGCUGUUCUCCAGUCUGGCUGGCUCCUCACUACAGCAUUUGGAAAUGUCGUGGUGAUUAUUGUGGCCAAAGCUGCUUACAUGGAACAGUGGGCCGAGUUUUUGCUGUUUGCUUGCCUUCUAUUCGCUGUCUCCAUCAUUUUCUCCAUCAUGGCUUACUUCUACACCUACGUGACAUCAGAGCAACUGGCCAAGCAAGAGGAGGAGAAGGAAGAGGAGGUUCCUCCACUGUAUCAGGAUAUCUCUCUCAGCUCAGUUAACAAGCAGGCAAAGAUGUAG